AUGCCAAGCCUCCCGAGUUCGGCCCCGCCUCUCACGCUCGAGGAAGCGGAGGCACGGAUUGUCGAGCUCGAACGCGAGGUCUGCGCUCUCCGAGCUGCCGCGGGUGACGGCAACUGCGUCGUGACGGCUCCAGCCAGCGAGGUGUCCGCACCGUGGCAGAUGGUGCCGAUCGGCUUUGUUGAGUCCGCCUUUGUGUCCAAAAACGGAACGCCGCGGCAGUCCGGCAUCGUGCCGGCAGCACCGGCGCGCCUUCGCGUGCUGUGGGGCACCAACCCCUCGCACUCUCUCGAGGGUCUCGGCGGCUUCUCUCACGCGUGGCUGCUCUGGGUCUUCGACCGCAACGGCGGAGCCGCCGUCAAGGCCAAGGUCCGGCCGCCGCGGCUGGGCGGCGCUCCGACGGGCGUCUUUGGCUGCCGGACGCCGCACCGUCCAAACCCGGUCGGCCUGUCGCUCGUGUCGAUCUCGCGGGUCGACGGAUCGACGCUCUAUUUUGACGGCGCAGAUUUGUGCGACGGCACGCCGGUGCUCGAUAUCAAGCCGUUCGUCCCUUCAGCCGACGCGCCGCCUCCUUUCACCCCGGUCCGUGCCGCGCCUUGGGUCACCCCGUGGGGCGGAGCAGAGCCGGCCGGCGAGGACGGCGGCGGUGGGGGCGGCGAGGGCGAGGGCGGCGAGGGCGAGGGCGGCGGGGGCGGCAGGGGCGGCGGAAGAUCCGCUGCGUGGGGUUGCCGCGUCGCCUUCUCAGAGCUCGCCCGGCAGGAGCUGCGGGCGCUCUGCGCGGCCGAGCCGCCUCGCGGCCAGCCGCAGACUCUGCGCUUCUUCCGCUGCCAGCCAGAGCAGGCCGAGGCCGCCUUUGUGCAGGCGCUCGCGGCGGACCCGCGCUCAAUCUACCGCAAGGAGAAGUGCGCGGAUGCUCCCUACUAUCUCAACCUCGACGGGAUCGACGCGGUUUGCCGCUUCACGGGAAAGGUGGUCACGGUGGAGCGUGUGCGCCUGAGGGAAGGAGGAGAGGAUGUGGAUAGUUAAUGAUUUUGGUCUCUUUAAUUAUUCGUGGCACAAUCACA